AUGGGAUUCACAGCUCUGUCAAGUCAGUUCUCUCGGAUAGAAGCUGACAUUCAAAUGAUGUUGGCUAUUGAAGUUCACCUUGUUGCCAAGAACUGCAAUUUUCAUAUGGAGCAUUAUGUCUUCAAGCACAGGAACGACGAGGCUUACAUCAUCAACCCUUCAAAAACAUGUGAAAAGCUCCAGCUCACUACCAAGGUUACUGAUGCUAUGUUCCCAUCAAGACAUCCCAGAAUGUUACGAUUUAUUACGCUCAAAUACAGUGAACAAAAAUUGGCAUUAACAGCUAAGUAUAUUUCUAACUCUUCUCUGUCUUGGGGUUUUGAGAGUACAGGAGGUUUUGCAAGUUGUCUUUUUAUUUCUUGA